UUGACGUCACCGUCGGCGGAGGAGGCGACCGGCUGAGGUCGCCAAAGAGAGAGGGAGUUCGUGAACCGCUACGCGUUUAAAUGGCCGGCCGCACAUCACAGCGAACUCAGUUUUUCCAUUGCGCCACGAACAUCGAUUUAAAAUCUGACAUAUCUGAGAGAUACACAGAUAUAUUUUUACAUAUGUACAUAUAUAUUUAUUGUAGAUAUUCAGGUUUUUUUCAUUUUCGCGUUUUCAAUUCAAUUAGUGAUUAGAGAACCAUUUUGUAAUAUCAAACAAAGUAAAGAAGAGAGACUGGAAAUUUUAGGAAGAAGUUUUUUGCAAAGACCAUUCUACAUAUAACGCGGUUUAUCUUUUUCCUUGACGUAUACUCUUUGCCAAGACGGGGGCUUUAGUAAGAUUUAAUAUCACCGCGCGAAACGGUGAUGUUUCGAGGUAGCAGAGAGAAGCGUUCUUACGAUUGAAUGUAAAAUCCAGAUUCGAGAAGGAAAGAGAUCAUCGUGCUGCUUCUUCUUCUUAAGGAGACGAUCUCACAGAAUCAAACAAACACGGGUCUUCUUUAAGUCGUGUACUUAACAAACAUCUAUAAAAUGAAAAACGAUGCCUCGUCGGAUAAUCAGAACGGUUUGGAAGGAUACGUGAAUCAUGGCAUGAGCAGAUCCAAUGUGGACCUCAGUCACUCGUACGGAUCAUUUCACAAUUCGCACGAAAAUCAUCAAGGUUCUUCGGAUUUUAUUUUAAUUGAAGAGCCAGGGCAUGACGAGGUCAGACCGAAGAAAGGCCUUUUGGAGCCGACGUUGCAAUAUGCAAGGCGACGUGCCAAGGCUAUAUGCACGAAGAAAACCCUUUAUAAGAGGCUGCCGGUUUUGAAGUGGCUACCAAGAUAUAAUGGUCAAGAUGCAGUCGGCGAUCUCGUUGCCGGAAUUACCGUGGGCCUUACCGUCAUUCCUCAGUCGUUGGCAUACUCAAGAGUUGCCGGUUUACCACCGCAGUACGGCCUGUAUGGCAGUUUCCUGGGUUGCUUUAUUUACGUACUUUUUGGAUCCUGCAAGGACAUACCCAUGGGACCCACUGCCAUAAUUUCUUUGUUGACUUAUCAAACAGUAUCUCACUUAAACUACCCGGUAGAACACGCGGUUCUGUUGACCUUUUUGGUCGGAAUUGUAGAGUUAAUAAUGGGCAUGUUUGGACUCGGAUUUUUAAUAGAUUUCGUGUCCGGUCCGGUAAGUUCCGGCUUUACAUCGGCGGUGGCUUUGAUAAUCGUUACAUCGCAAGUUAAAGACAUCCUUGGCAUUUCUGCCAAGGGCUCACAAUUCAUAGAAAUGUGGCAUAGCAUCGGCGAUCAUAUACACGAGACAUCGGUCUGGGACGCCGCUUUUGGAGUAUCCUGCAUAGCACUGUUGUUAGGUUUGAGAUUACUAUCCUCAUGGAAAAUUGGUUCGAAAGAGGAAGAACUUACUACAAGGCAUCGAAUUGUAAAUAAAUUAAUUUGGCUGACCGGUACUUCACGAAAUGCACUUUUAGUGGUAGUUUGCGGCUUAUUGGGUUGGGGUUUGCAGGACAAACUACCCCUCAGACUUAUCGGUUACAUACCGGACGGCAUGCCAGCUUUACAAGUCCCACCGUUUGGUUUCACUAAAGAUGAAAACACGACGGUCACUUUUAUUGAUAUGGUUAAGAAUUUGGGCAGCGGUAUUUUCGUUAUUCCACUCAUCUCUCUGAUGGAGGAUAUUGCUAUUUGUAAAGCCUUCGCUAAUGGAAAAUCCGUAGACGCUACACAGGAACUGAUAGCAAUCGGUAUGUCAAAUAUCGGAAAUUCUUUUGUGCAAGCUUUUCCGAGUACAGGCUCCCUCAGCAGGAGCGCGGUAAACAAUGCUUCCGGUGUCAGAACGCCUCUGGGUGGGGUUUAUACCGGUCUGUUGGUGAUUUUAUCUCUACUAUUUCUCACUCCAUAUUUUAGCUACAUUCCGCGUGCCGCUCUAGCGGCGAUCAUUAUAGCCGCGAUCAUCUUCAUGGUUGAAGUCAAAGUAGUACGACCGAUGUGGAGAACAAAAAAAUCAGAUCUCAUCCCAGGUUUAGGCACGUUUAUCGCGUGUCUGGUGCUGCCACUGGAAAUAGGUAUUCUCUGCGGAGUCGGCAUAAAUAUUCUCUUUAUCCUGUAUCACGCCGCUAGACCAAAAAUAUCUGUAGAGAAGCUCAAGUCUCGUCAUGGGAUCGAAUACUUAAUGCUGACGCCAGAUCGUUGCCUGAUCUUCCCGUCGGUGGAUUACGUACGCAAUUUGGUGACUAAGUACAGUCGACGUGAAGAGAAAGCAACACCUGUGGUGAUCGACUGCACGCACAUUUACGGCGCGGAUUUCACGGCCGCUAUGGUAAUCGAAACCCUGACAAAAGACUUCCGCGCGAGAGGUCAGCCGCUCUUUUUCUACAACGUGAAACCAUCGGUGUACUCCGUCUUCGAGGGCGUCGAACCUACGGAUUUUUUCGUCUACUAUACCGAAGAAACGUUAGACAAGUUGCUAAAUGAAAGAGGCUACAUGAAGCAGUAGAAACGGUUUAGAACCGCGAGAGUUAGUUCUAAACUGGGAAAUGUUCUUCCCAAUCACGUUGCUUUCAUCACAGCUCGUGUAUUUCAAGAUACUUAUUUACGUGACAAGAAACGAGAGUGAUAAAAAACAAAUAAAAGAAGCAACAGAACGCUUGUUCGACGACGUGACAUCCAAUAGAAAUUAGACUAGUUUCGUCAAAGCGUUUAUUAAAUUUUGCGACGACGCAAAUAAAUACGGGUCUUAAUGACAGUAUUUAAUACGUACGUUUAAAACUUUAAACGUAGCUCGAUGUAUGUGCGUGCACUUCAACAUUUGAAAGAUUCGAAUGUACAGAUGUCUUCUUAUAAUAUCUCACUCUUAUUAUAUUUACAUAUUUAUUUAACUUUACAACGAAGCGAAGACAUUAAUAUGAUUUUUUUCAUGUCAAUAUAUUUACUGUUUAAGUCUUUUAAGAGUGUUCGCAAUAAGAAAUUCUUUAAGAUAGGCGCGUAAAGAUUUUAUUUCAUAUUAUUUGUGCAUGUUAAAUUUGAAAUACUGUGAUAACUCGAUAAGUAAUGUUUAUAACAGAAAUAGUUUAUAGAACAUAUUUUUCCGACAAAAAGUGACAACUUGUACUCGAAGAAACAAUAUCUAUAUAGUUCUCGUGGACUUCUAAUAGUCAUUUUCAAUGUGCUUACUGGCUUCUAAAUUUACUGACCGCUUAUUCAGCAACAUUUAUUUACGUAAAAUAAUUUAUCUAUCUAUCUUUAUCGUUGAUUUCAUAUAAUUUAAAAUCUUUUUUUUUUCAAAGAUUGUAAUCCAUUAAUCAUAUAGUUACGGUAUAAAACAAUUGUGGAAUUUUAUACAAAAUUUUUAUAAAAUCUUAAUAGUUUUUUGAUAACGCCUUCUCGUCUAGCGUUGUCAAAAAGAAAAGUUGUCCUAGAUAGAUUGCGAAUGAACGAAGUACUUACAUGUAAAAAUGUGUUUAUUAUUAUAAGUUCGCACUGAAUACAUCAAUAUACAAUUUUAUAAUGUACAUUUUGUAAUUUUCAUUGUCACUAAAAUUUACUUUAAAAAAAAAAAAGUAAAAACACAUUGCAUCAAUAAGUUGCAAUGAUAAAUAAUUUUCACACUGUUAUGUUUUUUUAUAAUAAAAUACAUA